UAAAUCCGUGCGAAAGACCAAAGCGAGUGCGAGAAGAAGAAAGUGUGUAGUGAAUAAAUCUCAGUGAGUGUCGCGUUUUUGCCCCCUUUGGUCGGCAGUUCUGCAAGAGGAGGGCAGGAAAUGACUGAAAUGCUUACGCAAGCACUAAAUAUCGUGUUCACGCUCGGUACACAAGGUGGCGCUGUGCAUCUGUUCAGGUCAUUAAAUCACCCGAAGAAGUAAACGCGGAAGAAUCGGCGAGUCGUUGAGGCACUUGUGUGACGAUGGUGUUGAAGGACAUACCAGCAGAAAAUAUCACCCGUCCUUUGGGUCGCAAUGAGGUUAUUGGUUUACUCUUCCGCCUUACAAUAUUUGGUGCCGUCACCUACUUUACAAUUAAGUGGAUGGUGGAUGCUAUUGAUCCAACAAGGAAACAAAAGGUUGAAGCACAGAAGCAGGCAGAGAAACUCAUGAAGCAGAUUGGAGUGCACAACGUCAAGCUCUCUGAGUAUGAGAUGAGCAUUGCAGCCCAUCUGGUGGACCCCUUAAGUAUGCAAAUUACAUGGAGUGAUAUAGCAGGCCUCGAUGACGUCAUAACUGAGCUAAAAGACUCCGUCAUACUUCCAGUUCAGAAAAGGCAUCUGUUUGAAGGGUCAAAGCUGCUUCAGCCUCCCAAAGGAGUGCUACUGUACGGUCCCCCGGGCUGUGGAAAAACCCUCAUAGCCAAAGCCACAGCAAAAGAGGCAGGUUUCCGGUUCAUCAACCUCCAGCCCUCCAGUCUGACGGAUAAAUGGUAUGGAGAGUCCCAGAAACUGGCCGCAGCCGUCUUCUCCCUGGCCAUCAAGCUCCAGCCCUCUAUCAUCUUCAUUGAUGAAAUUGACUCCUUUUUGCGAAACCGCUCCAGCUCGGACCAUGAGGCUACUGCCAUGAUGAAGGCUCAGUUCAUGAGUUUGUGGGACGGACUAGACACGGAUUACAAAUGCCAGGUUAUAAUUAUGGGUGCCACUAACCGCCCUCAGGAUCUGGACUCGGCUAUCCUCCGCAGAAUGCCCACUAGGUUCCACAUUAAUCAGCCUAAUAUCAAGCAGAGGGAAUCCAUACUGAAGCUCAUCCUGGAGAACGAGAAUAUCGGGGCUGGCGUAGAACUUCGUGAAAUAGCAAAAAACACUGAAGGCUUCUCAGGAAGUGACCUCAAAGAGAUGUGCCGAGAUGCAGCUCUGUUAUGUGUACGGGACUUUGUGCAUGCUGAAGAAGGUUCAGAGGAAGACUUCAUCCGACCCAUCCAGCAGACUGACCUCCAAAAAGCCAUUGAAAAGAUGAAAAAGUCCAAAUCAGCAGGAACACCAAGUAUGAUGCUGGAUACACCUCUGGACUGAUAUUACUGGACAGGGUGAAUUAUUUUCCUCAGAAGAUAAACACAACCUGUUUAUCACAUGUUUUGUGUAAGAAGGUGCUCUAGAAACAAGAUAUUUGAUCAACUCUCUUUUUGCAAUAUGCCCUUUUUUUUUUUUGCUCUUUGUUCUGUAUCAUUGUGCCUUUUAGGCAUUAGGUUUGCAAAGCACUUGCUGCAUGAGAUAUUAGAAUAUUUAUAAAAUUGUACAGAAGCAAGUAACAUGUAUAUAAAGCACCUGCAUUAUAAUUAAUUUCAGACGGUAAAAAAUAACAACGUAUAGGAAUUGGGAUUCCUAUGUAGUUCUAAAGAUUUUUCUUUUUAUUGGUUCAUUUAGUGAAGUACAUUUACAAAUGCAGUGGAUAUAGUGUCCAUUCUCCUGUAAAGAUCACAGGAUACUUUGUGAUAUUAAAAAUGUACCUAAGAUGUCA